GAGGUUGGCAAAAUUAUAAGAACCAGUUGUAGCAUAAGUACAAAUAUCAAACUUCAUCAGUUCCAUGGCCAAUCUUUCUUUCUAAGAACCUGAGCCACGCCUGCUAUACAUUUCCCAGCACUAAAACAAUCCAUUUAUCAUAAUCGCCUCAUUGAACGCAUCCCUAGUUCCCCGACUUUAAACAACCAUUUCUCACUUGCCUCCACAGCUUAACCAAUCUUUAAUUUCUUCAUCUUUUCUUACCAUUCUUCUUCUUCCUUUUAGCUGGAAAUUUCAUUUACUUAAUUACCUAUGAAUAGCCAUGGAAUCCUUGCUAACAUCAUUCAUCUCGCCAAUCUGGGACGUAAUCAAAGGCUUGUGGAAUUGCAUUCCCAGUCGUGUAGGCUACUUCUCCGAUCUCCAAAGCAAUGUUGACUCCUUGAAACAAGGAAAAAAGCGAUUGCUGAUGUUGAAGGAAGAAGUAGAGGCGAGGGUCACUCGUGAGGAGAACCAGCUUAAGCAGCGUACCUACAAAGUAAGGGAUUGGCUCAGCAGAGUAGAAUGCAUUCUAAAGAGCGUGGAUGAAAUCACCGAUGAAGGUGAAGAAGAAAUUAAGAAAAAAUGCAUCAGAUGUUUCUUCCCCAAGAAUUUCUGCUCAUACCAGGAAGUGGGAAAGAAAGUACGCUCAGAGCUCGAAGCUCUGACCCAACUGAUAAAUGAAGGACAUUUUGAUGCUGUGACCGAGAUAAAGCCUCAUGAUCCAGUGGAUGAAAGGCCUACAGAAAGGAUCAUUGGCUUGGAGUCCGAGUUCAAUCAAGUUUGGAAAUGCAUGGAAGACCGAAGUGUUCGGACUAUUGGAAUAUAUGGAUUGGGAGGUGUAGGUAAGACCACCCUCUUGAAGAAAGUUAACAACCACUUCCUGGAAACAAGCCAUAGUUUCGAUGCAGUCAUUUGGGUUGUAGUGUCUAAGCAAGUAAAUAUGGAAAGAAUUCAGGAAGCUAUUUGCAAUAAAUUAGCUAUUCCUGAUGAGUUAUGGAGAAACAGAAAUGAAGAAGACAGGACUGGAGUGAUCCUGAAAUUCCUAACUGCUAAAAAUUUUGUUCUGUUACUAGAUGAUUUGUGGGAUCAUUUAGAUCUCUUAAGAAUCGGGAUUCCUCCACUGGAUAGAACGAGUGGUUCCAAAGUGGUUUUCACAACCCGAUCACAAGAAGUGUGCGGCUUUAUGAAAGCUGACAAGAGCAUUAAAGUAGAAUGCUUGGUGCCAGAAGAAGCCCUGCAGUUAUUUCAAAUGAAACUGAGUCAGGGCACGCUAAAUGCUCAUCGAGAUAUACCGAAGCUUGCUGUGAUGCUUGCUGAAUGCUGUCAAGGGUUGCCACUGGCUCUCAUCACUGUCGGACGAGCUAUGGCUAGUCGGAGAAAUCUCAAAGAUUGGAAGCACGCACUUAAAAUGUUGCAAAGUUAUCCAUCGGAGUUUUCAGGUAUGGCGAAAGAUGUCUUUCCUAUUCUCAAGUUCAGCUAUGAUAGCUUGAGUAAUGAUACGCUUAGAUCAUGUUUCCUAUAUUGUUCCUUAUUCCCAGAGGACUACAAUAUUGGGAAAGAUGAACUUACUGAACUCUGGAUAAGGGAAGGGUUCUUGCACAACUUUAAUGAUAUAUAUGAUGCAAGAAAUGAAGGAGAAUACAUUAUUGGAAGUUUAAAGCAUGCAGGUCUAUUGGAGGAAGGUCCCACACCAGAAGACUAUGUUAGGAUGCAUGAUGUGAUCCGUGAUAUGGCCUUGUGGAUAGCUUCUAACCAUGAGAUUAAAAUUGCAGUUGUUGAAGAUGCUGCUUCCAUUAAAACACAUGGGUUUGAGGAAUGGAAGGAAGUGAAAAGGUUAACUUUGUGGGGGAAGAGUUUCAAAGAUUUAAAUGAAACACAGCAUUUUCCCUGCCUCCUGACUUUUCUUGUUAGGGACACGAAGCUGAUUAGUUUCCCCAGUGGAUUCUUUCAGCAUAUGCGUGUCUUGAACAUUCUGGACUUGUCAAGAAAUUGGAACUUGAGCGAGUUACCAACCGGGAUUAGUGUACUGACGAAUUUGCAGCACCUCAAUCUAUCAUAUACUCGCAUAAAUUCGCUGCCACAUGAGGUUCAAUAUUUGAGAAAUCUGAAGAGUUUAAUAAUGGAUUAUACAUAUAAGCUCGCAUAUAUCCCAAGAGAAGUGAUAUCAAGUCUUUCGUUAUUGCAAGUGUUCAGCAAGAUGCAAGAAGUACAUAAUAAACUCUUUGAUGAACGUGGCUUGUUAGAGGAGUUAGAGCGUUUGAAAGACAUGGAGGACAUGAGUGUGGCUUUAACUAGCCUUGAUUCCGUCGAGAAAUUUUUUUGUAGCCCCAAGUUAGAAAGCUGCAUUAGAAGACUUUGGGUAAGUAUGUGCAAGGAUUUGACCUCGUUUCAGAUAUCAUCUUUAAGAAGAGGAGCGAAGCAUCUUGAAAGACUUGAAAUAUACAGGUGUCCGCUGCUGAAGGAGUUCAUAGUCCACUCGGAUGAGAGUGAGAUGAUUCAGGGAUGUGUGCCUACAAAUAUUGGUAUGGGGCAGGAAUCCUUUCAAGAGCUUCGUUAUCUAAAGGUUGAUAAAUGUCCAGGAAUAAAAGAUUUGACAUGGGUCAUAUAUGCGCCAAACCUCCAAACAAUUAUCUUAGAUGCUUGUUCCUCGAUUGUUGAAAUAAUAGCAGAUGACAAACUCAACAGAUGGCGAGCAGAAAUUAAAGAGAAUCCAGAAGUUUUCCCCAAUUUGGCUACAUUGAUCUUGAUCAGGUUACCCAAGCUAAAGAGCAUUUGCCAGCAGACCUUGGGUUUUCCUUCCCUCAAAAUUCUUAAAGUAGUGGACUGUCCAAGUUUGAAAAAGCUCCCUUUUGAUUCCAACUCUGCCAAAAACACUUUACAAGCGAUAGAAGCAGCGGAAGAUUGGUGGAACUCGUUGCAGUGGGAGGAGGAUGCUAAGAUUGCUUUCGCUUCAAGAUUUCGUCGCUGCAUUUCACAGGAUGAAAUUGAAGUAGCAAAAAUGGAGGCGAUUAAACUGAUUCCAGAGCUGAUUCCAGAGCUAACGGCCGCGCAUAUGGAUUUAGAGUCGAAAAAUGCGAACGCUCAGAAGAUCACUAACGAGAAAACAAGGGAAUUAACGUCUGUUAUGAUGAAAAAGAUGCCUGAGCUUUUGAUGCAAGUGACGGAUCAGUUAAAUUUCUGGAAUAGGCGUCCAUGCAUGUGA